CCUGUUGAUGUGUCUCCCCGACGGGACAGUUUGUGCAUUCGCUGUUCUCAAUUGCAGAUCAUCUCUUGUUGCUCUGUAUUCUUCAUUCUUGCCUCGACGAUAUCGUUUAUGCUCAAGACGCAUCCAUCUUUCCAAAUACCGCAAAUUACAGUGACGUACGGCUUACGACUUUUCGAGAGCGAUGGUUUUGCGAAUUUCGCCAAAGCGAUCGGCACUCACAAACCGUACACCGCCCCUCACCCGUAUUUCUUCUACGUCGAUCUCAUCUGUAACUCAUGGUUCACACUGGAAUUGUUUGUUCGUCUACUGUUUUGCCCGUCAAUGCGACGCUUCCUUCGCUCACCACUUACGGUCAUCGACGUAAUCUCAACGUCGGCAUUCUAUUUCGAGUGGUUGCUCCACGCUAUUCUCAUACAAACUGGUGAGCUAAGUUAG